AUGGAAGGUACUAAAUAUUCGUUAGUACCUUCCAUGGUUCAAGAGCGAAACGAAGAUUCACGGUGUUUACGCCACCAACGACAACUGUCUCUUGGGUUGGCGGACGUAGCCCACAGGGAACUUGUCGAGAAAUACUCGGCUUUGAAACGUAGACUCCAGCUCGGCAGCGCGGAAUGGAUCCAGGAGUUUCUGGAGGUGGACGGCAUUGGCGUACUGUUGGAAUCUUUUCGGCAAAUAUGUGAAAAGGGGGACGUGAAGAAACGACUGCCCGAUACGUAUUUACAGCUCGAGUGUAUUUGGUGUAUCAAAGCGGUGAUGAAUUCCGAAGCUGGGAUAGACUUUAUUAUCGACAAUGCCGACUGUGUGCAGAAACUGGCAACAGGCCUGGAUACUGAAGAUGUUAAAGUCAAGAAACCAAUAUUUGAACUGCUCAGUGCGAUGUGUAUAUAUUCUGCCGAUGGAUAUAAGCGGGCGUUGGAGGCUAUUGAGCACUACACGUAUGGAUUCAAUGACCCAAACUUCGAACUGUCAACUAUCAUAAUACCGAGUGUCAUAUUUGGGUUAAACAGAAAUCUAGGCAUUCCAACUAAUCAAAUCAAACGUACUGAAUCAUUCAUAUAUAAAAUGCAUGAUGCUGCAUUUUCUACAUUAGCUUGUGAGGCACCAGUGUUCGACGGUCAAUAUAAUGUCUUAUCUACCUUUGCAUGUGACGCACCAGUGUUGGACGGUCAAUAUGAUAUACUAUCUACCUUUGCGUGUGACGCAUCAGUGUUAGACGGUCAAUAUGUUGUGUUAUCUACCUUUGCGUGUGACGCAUCAGUGUUAGACGGUCAAUAUAACGUCUUAUCUACCUUUGCGUGUGACGCAUCAGUGUUAGACGGUCAAUAUGAUGUGUUAUCUACCUUUUCUUGUGACGCAUCAGUGUUAGACGGUCAAUAUGAUGAACUAUCUACCUGUGCGUGUGACGCAUCAGUGUUAGACGGUCAAUAUGAUGUGUUAUCUACCUUUGCUUGUGACGCACCAGUGUUAGACGGUCAAUAUAAUGUCUUAUCUACCUUUGCGUGUGACGCAUCAGUUUUAGACGGUCAAUAUGAUGUGUUAUCUACUUUUUCUUGUGACGCAUCGAUGUUAGACGGUCAAUAUGAUGUACUAUCUACCUGUGCGUGUGACGCAUCAGUGUUAGACGGUCAAUAUGAUGUGUUAUCUACCUUUGCUUGUGACGCACCAGUGUUAGACGGUCAAUAUGAUGUACUAUCUACCUGUACAUGCGGCGCAUCAGUGUUAGACGGUCAAUAUGAUGUGUUAUCUUCCUUUGCGCGUGACGCAUCGAUGUUAGACGGUCAAUAUGAUGUACUAUCUACCUUUGCCUGUGGCGCAUCAGUGUUAGACGGUCAAUGUGAUGUGUUAUCUACCUUUGCUUGUGAGGCAUUAGUGUUGGACGGUCAAUAUGAUGUGUUAUCUCCCUUUGCGCGUGACGCAUCGAUGUUAGACGGUCAAUAUGAUACCUCGAAAGGACAGCGGUACAGAUUCAGUUUCGUAGUUGAAGAACUCAAGAAGGCGGGUAUUGUAGACUACAAGACGGCUUUGUUAGCUUUCGUCAACAGCAUAUUGCUUUCCACAGAGAAACUAGAAGACAGGACACGACUUAGAAAUGAAUUUAUCGGUCUUCGCAUUAUCGAUGUCCUAGCUGCUAUAAGGUAA